AACAGGUGGGAGGCAGGAGGAGCCAGUGAAAGACACUCAGAGUGGCUAGAAAGAAAGGAGAACCAGGAGAGGACAGUCUCAGGGAAGCCUGGGCAAUGGGCAAGAACAAAGCAAAGGGGUCAAAGUCAAGGAAUGUGUUUCAAGUGGCCAACAAAAGGAACAUGAAGGCUAAAAACAAAGCAAAACCAGUCACAACUAAUCUCAAGAAGAUAAACAUUAUUAAUGAAGAAAAAAUUAAGACUAUAAAUAAGACACUUGCAGCUAUUCAAGAAGAACUCACCCAGUUGUCAAAAGGAAUCACACCUGAAGCUCUACAAAGACAUCUGAGUCCUAAGCCUCCUAAAGGAGAAUCAGCAGAUAUUGAAGAAGCGAUAAGAUUAAUGGCUCUGUUGUGAUCCCUACAGGAAGCACUGUGACUGUAAAAAGACUCACUUGCCAAUUAGGUCUGUUUGUACAAUUUUAUUAUUAAAAAAUCUUGUUAAUGUA